GGGCGUUGGCUACCGUUCAUGGCAGGAAGGAAGCGAGCAGCUGCAAGCGGCAGUUCGAGAGGGCAUGUCCGAGGCUGAACUUCCAGUGCGAUGCUGCCGUGAGGCGAUGAAGGAACGCGGAAGCUGACAGUGACCUGAUGCCUCUCGAGGGGCGAGGGCCGAUCCCCAUGGACAUCCUUGCCCUCAAGCUGGAUGGACCUUUCUCUCCAGGAAGGAUGCCGAACUUGAACCUGCGGUCGGCACGAGCAAGAAUGCAGGCGCAGACGUCAGGAGGAGGGGAUCAAGUCUCAGCCAGCCAUCGCCGGCAUCUUGCGGAGGAUGAAAUCAGUACGCAGCAUUCCCGUCGCCUCGCGGAGAAGAAAGACAAGGAAGAGCUGUACAUGUUUCAACGACUGGAGCCCCUUAUCACAAGCCGGUACCUUCCCAGGCUAGAUCAAGACGUCAAGCGGCUCAUGACGUGUCAACUGGGUUUGCCGAUGAGACUGCUGGACGCGCAGGCGCCAGAGAUGCAGGUGUGGGAGCGAGCGAGGAGAUGCGCUAUCGUCAACCCCCCCCGCCGACGAGAAGCUGCUGACGACCAGCGCUGCUUGGUAGAAUCGCCUCCACAACAAGCAGACAGCACACCUUUCAAGAGCAGAAGCGAGUCCAAGCAGAAGAAGCGGCACAGUGAAGGGAGCCUAGAGGAGAAAAGAGUCCAAGAGCCGGCGCAAGUCAAGCCAACAAGACCCUCUGAGGAGCCUCAGCAGCACCUGGGCGAAGCGUUUGCUACUCCUCGUCGAUCUAGAAGAUCGUUGUUUGCGAUAAGAGCCGAGAACUCUCUUAGAGAGGUGCAGGAAGGCUCCAGAGAGAAAGAUGGCUCAAGAUUUGCUCGCGCAUGGGAGAAAUUGGAAAAAGAUGAAGAAAUUACGCUCAAGCUGUUCCUGAGGUUCGGGGCUCGGAGAGAUCGAGUGAGGUACCCCAGGAACAUCGUAGAGCAAGAGAAGAUCAGGUCAAGAGUCAAACAGAUACAACUCGAAUGGAAGCAGGAGGCUGGCUCGGAAAAGAGAGAUGAAAGAGUUGUACAAGAUCGACAAACAAAACAGAUCUCAAAUCAUAGACACAUCUACGACAAACGGCUCUCUGUAUGUGCUCUAGGAAACGAUUGCAAACGACUUGCGACCAUGGAAGAGCAGGACCGUGUCGAUGUUGAGAUGUCUGCAGACACCUUCAGGAUGUAUCUCGAGCGAGCAGGUUGUGACGUUACUGAAGAAGACUUGGACCUGCUGUGGACGGUCCUUGUCAAGGAGUCGAGCCCAGCUGAACAAGAGGUGCCUCUAGAGCGUCUCGUCGCUCGAGUCAAGCGUCAUUCGUCGCUGAGACAGAUGAGCAUCGAGGGAGCGGGCGACGGCGCUCAGAGACGAGAGGAAUACCCGGACGUGAAGUCGUUCUUGGGCUCUCUUACCCGCCAGUCCUCGCAGUCCAUCGCUAGUGUCCUCAAGAAGCUGCAGAAGCGCGAGAGUGAAGGGGAAGGCAGAUAG